GAAGUUUAUACAUUAACUCGGCACUAAAAUCUGUCUCAAAACGGUGAGUACGAGGUGGCGGCUGCUCUGCCUUAACUGUACUUUCCGAGAAGGUUCACUCAGAAAGCUCAACAGCUUGACUAUUAUAGGCGUCUUGAAAUUAUGGAAUUAUCCAGGUUCUUUGCUUAGCUCUUUGACUGCUCUUCUUUUCAACAAAGUUCUUUCCUUUCUUUCAUUUAUAUAUCUUCAACCCUUGUUCAGCCAGUUAUCCUCUUUCCUAUCUUGAGUUUUUCUCAAGAUUUUGGCAAUCAACAAGAGGGUAGAACAGUUUUUUGGUUUUUGUCAAUCCAAUUUCAUCCAGGUUUUUUUUUUUUGCCUGUAUCAAAUAGGUUUCUAACUUUCUAUGGAUACCCUUUCCCAAGAUUUUCCUAGUUUCACGUAUGGGUUCAAAUUUGAUCAUGGCUCAGUGCCAGUAUAUUCAAAUCACAACCUUGUUAAUGGGUUUGAAAACAGUCCUGAGCAUAUUGUUCCAACUCUGCCUUCCUUUCCAACUAGUCCAGAGUCUCUUGUUGAUUCAGCUUCAUCGUCAGGCAUGAGUUCAGACGGACAUCCCCUUGAUAAUAUUCCUUUUGCCAAUGAAAUGCUCAAGUAUAUAAAUGAGAUGCUAAUGGAAGAAGAUCUGGAGGAAAAGACCUGCAUGUUGCAGGAUUGCUUAGCUCUCCAAGCUGCUGAAAAAUCCUUCUAUGAAGUCCUUGGCCACGAGUAUCCACUUUCAUCCGAUCCUAUCUCUCUAUGUCCCAGUCAAGAUCAUUAUAGCCCAGAUGAUAAUCUCACCCAAAGCAGUAGUGGUAGCAGUAACAGCUAUACUGUUAGUACCAACUCCGUUGAAUCCUGUGGGAUAGACAGUCCAGGUGAAUUCAACUCCUCUUACAGUCAAACUUCUCUUAUUGAUUCUCUUGAAAGAACCUCUUUGUUUCCGGAUUUACAAGGAGAGACCAUGAAAGAGCCUUUGAGGCACUUCAGAAGAGAGAUAGGGGAAGCUAGUAAAUCCUCUCUCAAUGUUGAUAAGUUGCUUUUGGCUGCAGAAAGCAACCUAUCUGGGCCUUCUCUUCCUGAUGGAAGGUAUCAAUCACUUUCAGCAUCAAGGGAAAGGAAAAAUUAUCAGCGUGAUGAUGGUGAUUAUUUGGAAGAAGGUAGGAGCAACAAGCAAUCUGCGCUUUCUCUUGAAGAUUCAGAGCAGUCAGAGAUGUUCGACGAUGUACUGCUUUGCAAAGGUGAACAUGAGGACUGGCCAAAUUGUUCUCUUUAUGGGAACUCGCAGCAAAAUGGGCAGCUAAAAGGGUCUAAUAGCGGAACAACACGCAGAAAGAAAAACGGCAAGACAAGUGAAGUGGUGGAUUUGUGGAGUCUUCUUACCCAAUGUGCACAAGCUGUAGCCAUCAAUGACCAAAGGACUGCCAAUGAGCUGCUGAAACAGAUAAGUCAGCACUCUUCAGAUUCAGGCGAUGGAACCCAAAGAUUGGCACAUUACUUUUCUAAUGCCCUUAAGACGCGUUUGGCUGGCAUGGGGGCACCAUCGUAUUCGCCUCUGGUAAGCAACAGGACUUCGGCUGCUGAUAUCCUAAAAGCUUAUAGGGUGUAUGUUUUAGCUUGCCCCUUUAAGAAAAUGUUUAAUUUCUAUGCAAAUAAAAAGAUAAUGGAAGUUGCAGAAAAGGCAACCACGCUCCACAUCGUUGAUUUUGGCAUUUGCUAUGGGUUUCAAUGGCCUUGCCUCAUCCAGCGUCUCUCAGCAAGGGCUGGUGGACCUCCCAAACUUCAUAUUACCGGUGUUGAGUUUCCACAACCAGGUUUCCGACCUGCAGAAAGGGUGGAAGAAACGGGGCGUCGCUUGAAAAGGUAUUGUGAGAGAUUCAAAGUCCCAUUUGAGUACAACGUGAUAGCAAAGAAAUGGGAAACCAUCAAACUUGAGGAACUUAAGAUUAAGAAAGAUGAAGUGGUUGUUGUUAACUGCAUGUAUCGGCUAAAGAACCUUCCAGAUGACACAAUGGCGCCAACCAGUGCGAGGGACACUGUUCUGAAAUUGAUCAGAAGCAUCAAUCCAGAAUUAUUCAUCCAUGGGAUUGCAAACGGGACAUAUAACGCUCCAUUCUUUGUUACAAGGUUCCGGGAGGCACUCUUCCAUUUCUCUGCUCAGUUUGAUAUAUUUGAAGCUAAUGUUGGUCGGGAAGAUCCACAGAGGAUGAUGUUUGAGAAGGAAAUACAUGGGAAGGACAUUAUGAACGUUGUUGCAUGCGAGGGUUCGGAGAGGGUUGAAAGACCAGAGACGUAUAAGCAAUGGCAGGCUAGGACUCUGAGGGCAGGGUUCAAGCUGGUUCCAUUGGAUCAGGAGCUCGUGAAGAAAGUGACGAAUAUGGUCCAAUCUAGUUAUCAUAAAGAUUUUAUUGUAGAUGUGGAUGGCCGCUGGAUGCUGCAGGGAUGGAAGGGGAGAGUUAUUUUUGCCCUUUCAAUUUGGAAACCUGUCAGGGAUUAACUCUGAUUAGGAGUGAUUUCUUCCAAAGCUUAUUAUAUCAUUCAGUAGACUCACUAUCCUAUUUGUUUUAGUUGUAAAUAUCAACUCCUAAAGUAAAGAUUGCAUGUGUGUUAAAGCUCCAAUGUGCUUAUUUAGAAUGAAUUCAAAUGCAUUCACAACAAGCAUUUAGACAACAAAUUCUAUGCUUUUCUUUCAUUUUUUCUUUUUCCCCCUUUUUGGAGAGAGGGGGAAUUGUCUUUCCAUGGAUUGCCUCUAUCUAGAUGGCUUUCUCCACAAGCACAGUGUUUCAUCCCUGGAAACAAAAUUUACAAUUUUCAGGAAACAAUCUCCUAUUGCAUACCCCAUCAUUAGAUGAGGGUAUGAUGGACAUCAGAUGGAAAUCUUUUUAUGUUCAUUGCUGAUGAAUCAGAUAUAUACUCAGGGCACAAGCUAAGUCAAGAGUGCAACAAUAGAAUGCUUCAUAGAGAUGUUAUCCAAACUCAAGCUCCUCCUCCAGGAGAAAGUGAAGGAGAGAUGAUAUGAGAGUGCUCACUGCUGCAGUUAUUUAAAUAUAAGAAUCAAUUAACAGAUGGAAACCAAACAACUUUCAUAUUGAAUAUGAAAUGGUCUGAAGACAAAUAGUUGAAGUAACAUUAUGGUUAUGUGUCUCCUUUGAAAGACAAAAAUUUUCAGUUUUUACUCUCUUGUAAGAGGGAAACAGAGGAAGGGAAUUGUUCUGUUUUUGUAAGAGUUCAAUUUUGGGCUGCCAAUUUCUUUUUCUCGGCUGACUGGAGUUGAAAUUUUAGGUCCAAAACCCAUGCGGGCCCAAUCUAAAUGGGCCCAUCGAGGUCCACCAAACCAACCUUUGUAAU